GACAGCCCCGCGAGCGCAGCUAUAUAUCACACGCUGGAGCGCGAGAGAGGCAGAACCGCCAGUACCUCCGGCGCGAGGAACAUGCGGAGAAUGCAGAGAUUCCAUCGCGCGCGCAAAAAUUCCAACGACUGCUGCAGCGCGCGCACACACAGCGAGACCGCGCGGCUGUGACGGGAGCCAUCCGGAGCUGCGCUCCCACAUUUCAUUAACGAUCCAGUGACGCUGUGGCGGGAAACACCAGGAAUAAUUACUUUAUUAACGACCUGAGCGCGAGCAGGUGGACAAGAAACGGAGCUCCGCGCGCUUCCGCAGCCAUGGAGAAGACGCGCACCUCCGCGUGACGCCGCUGAGGGGAGAGAGGGACUCUGAACGUGUCGUUUAUCCUGUUUUCUCUUUUUUCCUCCCUGGUUUCCAUUCGCGCCUCGCGCAAUGCCUCGCUCCAUCCUCGCGCUCCCGCUGCUGCUGCUGUCCUUGCUGUGCCUCGCGCGUGAGAGUGCGUGCCAGCACUACUACGCGCUGCGUCCGGCGCCCAGCGACGCCCUGCCGCUCGUGGAGCUGCACGAGGACCCGGAUCCCGCGCUGGACCCCGGGGAGCGCGACCUGAACGAGACCGAGUUGAGGCGCGCGCUCGGACACUUUGACGCGCGCUUCCUGUCCACAACGCCUCCGCUGCCUCCGGAGCAAGAGCAGCGAGAGCACGAGCGCCACCUCGCGGGUGGCAGCGGCGACCUGGGACUGAAGAAGAAGAUGAAGAAAAAGCUGCAGCAGCAGAAGAAAAAGCGGCGGAGGCGCCUGUGGCUGCGCGAGCGCACGCUCUGCCCCGUGGCUCACGCGUGGAGCGACCUGGGCGCGCGCUUCUGGCCACGCUACGUGCGCCUCGGUAGCUGCAGCCGCGAGCGCUCGUGCUCGGUUCCCCCUGGGAUGCUGUGCACGUCCGCCGCAUCCACGCACGUGACGCUGCUGCGCUGGAGAUGCGCGAGACGAGGGACGCUCAAGUGCGCCUGGAUCCGCGUGCACUAUCCCGUCAUUACUGAGUGCAAGUGUUCGUGCACGAGCAGCUGACGUGAACUGAAGGUUGCGUUUUAAUAGGCUGCAUAUAUAUGGACUGCAUUGUAAUAUUUUUUUGUUGUUG